AUGGCGCCAUUAAAGAAACUCCUAAUCACCCAAAUUCUUCAAAGAAGAAGAAUCCAAUUAAUCUUCACAACUUUUCUUCUCGUUUUCUCUAUCUUCAUCUUACUUAAUUUCUCUUUAACACCCAUAACAGAGACUACCUCUUCAACAGUACCAUCUGCAACUUCGCACCUUCGCUUUGCUUCCAAUUACAUCUCUUCUCUCUCCUCCAUCCCUCGAAGUGCCGCAAUCGAAGACGAGCCGAGUUCCGGGUCUCCGAACCCAGAUGAAAUUGGAUCAUACUUUGCUAAGAAAAUCACUUCUUUGAGCAUUUUAACGAAAAAAGAAGAUGAUUUUGUAAGAAAGAAGGGAAUUUCUUGUGAUAUUUUUGAUGGGAAAUGGGUUUUGGAUGAUUCUGGCCCGGUUUACUCACCUGGGUCUUGCCCGUUUCUUGAUUAUACCUUCAAUUGCUUCAACAAUGGCCGCUCCGAUCUCGGUUAUUUACGCUACCGAUGGCAGCCUCAUGGGUGUGACAUCCCUAGGUUUAAUGGGAAGAAGAUGUUAGAAAUGUUAAGAGGAAAAAGAAUGGUGUUUGUUGGAGAUUCACUUAACAGAAAUAUGUGGGAAUCUUUAGUAUGUUCUUUAAGAAUGUCUUUAGUUGAUAAGAAGACAGUGUUCGAAGUUUCUGGCAAAAGACAGUUCAGAAGUGAAGGAUUCUACUCUUUCAAAUUCAAG